CGUGUARCAUGGCAGGUGAAGAAGACUUCUUUUUGGAGGAGAAAAGAUUCAAGCAGUACUGUGAAGACUUUGUKAAACAUUCGCAGCAGAUAGGCGACGGUUGGGAGUGGAGAACUAGCAAGGACCUUGGUGAUGGUUAUCUCAGUAAGACACACUUCCAAGURAGGAAUAGACACAUCCCACCAGACCUCAAGGACAAAAACAAUSAUAACACUGAACAAACGUUAUUUGCACAUGUUGAAGAGCCUUUGGAUGAUUCUCAAGCCGCUGGAGUUUGCAGCACGGAAGAAGUGGUUCGCUAUGAGUACCAUGUCCUGUACUCCAGCAGCUACCAAGUACCUGUGCUCUAUUUCAGRGCGUGUUUUUUGGAUGGAAGACCUUUAACUCUGGAUGAAAUUUGGGGAAGUGUCCAUGCAUCCUACCAGGCUCGUCUGCAGGAGGGGCCCUGGGACACCAUUACUCAGCAGGAGCACCCCAUCCUCGGGCAGCCUUUCUUUGUCCUGCACCCGUGCCGAACCAACGAAUUCAUCUCUGCCGUGCUGAGGGGCUGCCACAAACACCGCAGGCACACAAAUUACAUCGUGCUGUGGCUCAGCACUGUGGGCCCAGUUGUGGGCCUGAAUCUGCCUCUGAGUUAUGCAAAAGUGGCACCUGAGCACAGCACUGACACUGAUUCAGCWGAAAGAGCCCUGACCUGAAGGACUGGUGGUGUGGUGAUCAGGCUGUGAUAAAGCUGCUGCAGACUUCCCUGGGGAUGAAGGAAAAGGAUCCCUCCUGGCUGGUCAGCCGUGCUGGUGUGGAAAUGAUUGAUCCUGGCUCUUUCUCUGGCCACUGAUGACCUCUGACCACUGGUAGACCUCGGGGCAGUUAUGGGAGCACCUCCCCAGCACAGAUAUAAAAYACUGCCCUUGAGGUCACUGCUCUCACACAUGCACAGGUCUGAGUUGAGUGGCUGUUUGCACUGAACUCACCUGCACCAUCUGUGGGACAGAAAAUACACCAUAAAUACAGAAAAAAACUCUGUGAGCUUGUGGCACUCGGGGUGUGGGCUGAGGCUGCUCCACCUUCUCCUCCAGAGCUCCCAGCACACACAGAACAUCCUCAUCCCAAAUAUCCCRUGGUUGUUGGCAGGUUUGCUCCCCAGCCUCGCUCCUCCUGCAGCCUCCCCUGACAGCUGUGGGUUUUUGGGGAGCUUUUGGACAGCCAGAUUACGAGGAGCUCCCGUGUCACCCAGCCCUAUAAAUAAAAGAAUUUUAUUUGCAGAAUGAAACAAGAGCCYGAGCAGGUGAGAUGGAGCCACAGAUUUUACAUUGUACAUUUAGCAAUUGUCUUUUCCACACAAAGUCCAGUGUGUGCCACAUCAGAGCUGGGAGUGUGAAAUGAAUCCAGGUUCUGGCUUUGCAGAUGUUUUUAACUUCCAUCACAUGUCAUUGGUGGAUAUAAAAUACAGAGGACAGUCCUUAAAGUUCCACUGGUGCAGCAUUUGUUUGCCAGCCAUUUGGAAUUAAUCAUGAAAGCACAUAAUUAAYUUUGUUCUGGGUCAUAACAACCUGAAAAGUCAUUUUUACCUGUGUCAGAUUUGCAAAAUAUGGCCAGCAGCUACCUUGAUUUUGGGGACACUUUUGGUAAUACAUGCUUGUUAAUUGCAUCCACAGCCCAUUUUCAAAUUUAAUUCAGACGGAGACAGGAGGGAAAGAGAACAAAAAGCAGGUUUAAGAGCUGUUAAAUGUUCACCCCUGCUCUGUGAUCUUCAUUUGUGGUACCCUGGAACMGAGGAGUAGAAGCACUCAGCCUUCAAAAARUGGCAUUURUAUGUAAAGGGAAAUAUUUUURUUUURCAUGGAAAAAGUCUCAACAGCCAUUACUUUCUACCUUAAUUUMCCAUUUGUAAACGAAGCAGAGGAUUAUUUGAACAGGGCAUUGCACGUGGUACUGCCCCAGGAUUUGCUCUGACAGAGACAGCAUCGUAUCAAUAUUUCCCUGAAAUCUGCCUGGAAAACCAAAAUUCAGUCAGAUAUAAAUACGCAGAGGUUAGAUAGAGGAACAAAUACAGGAUAACAUACAUAUUUGGGAUCAAGGAGAUAAAUAAAUAUGUUUGGAUAUCUCCUUUUUAAUACCUGGGGUGGGAGGUAGGCACCCAAUUUCCCAUUUUACAUUUAUGCUGUAAUGAAUUAGGAUAUCUUAACACAAUUUCUAUGUGCAAAAGACAUAUAAAUAUA